UUCAGAACCACCAUCAACUUAAUCUGGAACAAAAAUUAGUUUGUGUUUAAAUAAAAUCAAUUUUUUUCUCACUUCACUAAUUAUUGAACAAGGGCUUAUUUUUGACAAUGCAUAUUCUAUUUUGGUGAUAUAAAAUAAUGCGGCUCAUUAAAGAAUAAUUUCAAUUUAUACUAAUCAAGUUUAUUAGCUGCUACUUUAAACCAGUGCGUGCUCGCAGAGAUGACUUCAUAACAACUGAAACGAAUAAGUAGUAAUGUGAAUUUUUUGUGGUUGUAUACAUAUAUCUAAAUUUCUGUAAAAGGGGGUUUAUCGUUCGAAAAUGGAGCUGCUCUGGAUUAUGUUCUUUAUUUUAUUGGUACCUCAAAGUCUGUAUAGCUGCCAAGAAAGUAAAAAAUGUAAAACGACUCGAGUUUAUGGCUUAAAAACAUCAGAUUGCUAUAAUAAAGAUAUAAAGGAGUUUCCAAAAUGUCUGGCGUCAAACGUAGAAGUUAUUGAUUUAUCAUACAACAGGAUAAGAAGAAUAAGCAAAGAUGACUUAGAACAGUACCCGUACAUUACUCAUUUAUACUUAAGUGAUAACCUUUUAACAAAGCUGGAAAAGGACACCUUUAGUCCCCUAAAAAACCUACAAAUUUUAGAUUUAUCCAUCAAUGACUUAUCAACAGAUUCAAUCUCAGAAGUUUUCCAAAUACCAACGCUAAAAGCAUUAUAUUUAAGUCAAAAUAUAAAUUCCAAUAUAGUAGAAUCUAUUGAAAAAGUAAACCUUAGUUCACAAUCCACUCUUACUAAGUUGGAUAUAAGCUAUAUUACUGCAGAGGGAUCUUCGAAUUUUCCUGAUUUGUGCAAGUUUCCGAUGAUAGCAUUUCUUAAUGUAACAGGUAACCAGUUUAACUUCAUAUCAACAAGACAGUUUGCCGGCCUUUGCAACUUACAAAUAUUGGUAAAUGUCAAUAUGAGUGCAAAUUUUGAAAACCACUGCGACUGCUGGAAUAUUAAUAAAUGGUUAGCUGCGAGGAACGUAAAAUUUACUGCUUUUAAAUGCCCUAUAAAAACAAAAGAAUGCAUGGAUGAGGCAAUAUCGAAGGAAAAUAUUAUUGCGUAUGAAAAGUGUAGGAAAAAGGUAGACCAGAUGAGGCAAUAUAUAUUUCUGAGUAAAAUUGGAAUAUGGAUAGCAGUUGCUGUGAUAAUAAUCUUAAUUUUGGCGACUUUUUAUGGAUAUAACUAUUGGUCAAAAUAUAAGCGACAAAAAACCGAAACAUGAUCAAGAAUGGCCAGAACCAUAUUGUAUUGGAACUAUUUUGCGAAUAGAGAAAAUUAUUGUAAAAAAAGAUUGUUUUAAUGAUAUGUGAUAUUUAAUUUAUACUUCUUUAAUCAAAUUUACCUCUGGUAAUUAUAACGAGGAGACUCUUUUUUUUAUUAUAAAUAAGUUAGUUUUAGGUUUUUAUACAUAUCUCCACGAACUAAGCAGCAGAUUCAGAGCAAAUUCUGUUUUGAAAUCAAUUAUUAAAAAAAAAAACAAAAGGAAUCAUAUAUGUUAAAAUAAAUGCUUUUUAUUUUCGUUAAACUUUUAAAUAUUUUUUUUUGUUUUUUGUUGUACAUCAAAAUUCUCACCAAAUAUAGUUCUUAUAUAAAAAUUCCAA